GAUGUUUACUGAACAUUGUGGAGAAGGGAAUUAAGGCAGAGAUCAUUAACCAGUUUUAUGACUGGAAAGGACUGAGCUGCCAUUGAGCUGAUAUUGAGCCUUCAGUAAAGUGCCAGCAUGAGUGUGUAGUAGAAGAACUAACCUGAGGCUGCAGCAACACAUUUAACUAUUGGCUGGAUAACAGAGAGGCAAUGCUUGACCUUCAGGCUGAAGAGUGCUAAAUAUGCUUCGGCGAGUCCAUAAGAAGUAACUCAAUCUGAUAAAAGCAGACAUGAGUGACACAGUAGAGAACCUGGACACCAGGGACCUGGGCUUCUCAGAUGCUGAGGAUGAACCUGAAGAGGUGGACAGCGAGUUCAACCCUUCAGGAGUAUCCCGUAUCCCAUUCUCUGCCGUGUACAGGACAAUUGGCUUUAAAGAGACGGAAGCACAGGUCUAUCUUAACGCUGCCCCUGUCAGUGCCAAGAUCCUAGAUGUGGAACGCUUCACCAGGGCCCCGGACCGCUUCAUGUCCAAACACAGGAGUGUGUCCAAGGCAAUGCCAGCCGUGUUUAAGAUAGAGCUCAAACACGGGAACUUCACCUGGAUAGUCAAGAGAAAAGAGAAGCACUUCAUGGAUCUACACAGAGAGCUUCUGCGAUACAAGACCCUCAUGAGGAUCCCACUGCCCACCCGAAGCCACACAGAGAGAAGAAAGAGCAUAAAGAGGAGCGAGGUGAGGCAGAUGCCCGCACUGCCUCGGGGAGGUGGAGAUGAGUUGGCACGAGAGGAACAAGUGUCUAGUCGGAGAAAACAACUGGAAGACUACCUAAACAAGCUGCUGAGGAUGGCAAUGUACCGAAAAUACUACGCAACCAUGGAGUUUAUUGAUGUGAGCCAGUUGUCCUUCAUUCAGGACUUGGGCCCCAAAGGCUUAGAAGGCAUUGUUUAUAAAAGGUCAGGAGGUCACCGUAUCCCAGGCAUGAACUGCUGUGGCCACAAUGAAGUCUGCUACCGCUGGUCCAAGAGGUGGCUUGUUGUGAAGGACUCUUUUCUGCUGUACAUGAAGCCGGACACAGGUGCCAUUUCAUUUGUCCUGCUGGUGGACAAUGAGUUCAGUAUCAAAAUGGACUCCAAAUACACAGAUACCAAGCAUGGAGUGAGCAUAGAGAACUUGUCCAGGAAACUAGUGCUGAAAUUCACUAGUUACAGACAUGCACGGUGGUGGGGUCAGGCCAUUGAAAGCUUUGCCCGGAAACAUGGCAAAGCCUUUUUAAGGGCCCACCGCUUUGGAUCAUUCGCCAGAGAGGAGGAAAACAUACCCUCUAAAUGGUAUGUUAAUGGAAAAACCUACAUGGAGGAUGUCGCAAAUGCACUGGAGGAGGCCAAAGAGGAGAUCUUCAUCACAGACUGGUGGCUGAGCCCUGAGAUCUUUCUGAAGAGGCCUGUAGUGGAAGGCGAUCGCUGGAGGCUCGACUGCAUUUUGAAGCGCAAGGCUCAACAAGGAGUGAGGAUCUUUGUUAUGCUGUAUAAGGAAGUGGAGUUGGCACUUGGCAUCAACAGUGAAUACAGCAAAAGAACACUAGUGCAUCUUCACCCAAAUAUUAAAGUGAUGAGGCACCCUGAUCACGUGUCCUCCUCUGUCUACUUAUGGGCACAUCACGAGAAGAUUGUAGUCAUCGACCAAUCGGUUGCUUUCGUUGGGGGAAUUGACCUUGCGUAUGGCCGCUGGGAUGACCGUGAGCACCGACUAACCGACGUGGGAAGUGUAACACGCUCUGUCGCUCAAGCCAUGGAGCAGGGACUGGAUUCAUCCACACCCAGGAAAAAAGUGUCCACCAGUGGAAACAGCAGCCGGUCGAUGGCUGGUGACUCAGUGGACCUGCCCAAACUAAAAGGCAUUGGCCGCACUCGCAAAACACGUUUCAGUCUGUACCAUCACAUCCAACGAGGCCUUCACCACGCUGACAGCAUCAGUAGCAUCGACAGCACAAACAAGAGUGGCUCAGUGCACAGUCUUCAGACAGGAGUGGGAGAGCUGAUGGGAAACACGCGCUUUUGGCACGGCAAAGACUACUGCAACUUUGUCUACAAAGACUGGGUUCAGCUGGACAAGCCUUUUGACGAUUUUAUUGACAGGUACACAACCCCCAGAAUGCCCUGGCAUGACAUCUCUUCAGUGGUGCAUGGGAAAGCAGCCAGAGAUGUGGCCAGGCAUUUUAUACAGCGCUGGAACUUCACCAAGAUAAUGAAGCCAAAGUACAGAUCACUCUCCUACCCAUUUCUCCUCCCCAAAUCUCACAGCACUGCCAAUGAUAUAAAGUACCAAGUGCCAAACUGUGUCCAGACCAAAGUCCAGGUUCUGCGGUCAGCUGCAGACUGGUCGGCGGGAAUCAAGCACCAUGAGGAGUCAAUUCAUAAUGCCUAUAUUCAGGUCAUUGCCAAGAGCAAGCACUUCAUCUACAUCGAGAACCAGUUCUUCAUCAGCUGUGCCGAUAACAAACAUGUUUACAACAAGAUUGGUGACGCCAUUAUUGAGCGAAUCAUCAGAGCUCACAAGGAGAAGAAGUCGUUCCGUGUGUAUGUGGUGACUCCCCUGCUGCCUGGAUUCGAGGGAGACAUUUCCACAGGAGGAGGAAAUGCACUCCAGGCUGUUAUGCAUUUCAACUACAGGACCAUGAACAGAGGAGAGCACUCCAUAAUCGCUCAGCUGAAGAAAGAAAUGGAUGACCAAUGGAUGAACUACAUCUCUAUUUGUGGUCUGAGGACUCAUGCGGAACUGGAAGGCAGACUGGUGACUGAGCUCAUCUAUGUUCAUAGCAAACUGCUCAUUGCUGAUGACAACACUGUCAUUAUUGGCUCUGCCAACAUCAAUGACCGCAGCAUGUUGGGGAAAAGGGACAGCGAGGUAGCAGUGAUUUUUGAAGAUUCAGAAACGACGCCAUCAGUGAUGGAUGGUCAAGUGUACCAGGCUGGCAAGUUUGCUCUGCAGCUCAGACUGGAGUGCUUCAAAACCAUUCUUGGUGCCUUUGAUGAUCCAACCAUUGAUGUCAGUGACCCCAUCAGCAACGGAUUCUACAAAGACGUCUGGAUGAGCAUUUCGGGUCGGAACGCCACCAUCUACGAGAAGGUUUUCCGCUGUCUGCCCUCAAGUCUGGUAAGGAACAACCAGGAGCUCAUGAACUUCCAGUUCAAACAAGGUCUUGAUAAAGAGGACCCUGUUAAAGCUCAGGAGCUGCUGAUGAAGAUUAGAGGCUUCCUGGUCCAGUUCCCACUGGAGUUCCUCUGUGAGGAGAACCUCAUGCCCUCAGUAGGUACCAAAGAAGCCAUGGUGCCCACUGAGAUCUGGACCUGAUGGCACCAAAUGAGAAGCACAAAAACGACAAUCCACUUCCAACAUGAGGGGUAAAACAAAGGCACCACUGUGGUGGACACAACUUCUCCAGUCGAUAUGAAGGAGCAAAGGAUAUUAAGACAAACUGUCCGUCCAUUGUCAGACAAUUUCAUAUAUAUAAAUGUACAUAAUGAUAUUUUAUAAGUGAUUAUCAGCACAUAUUGUGCUUUUAUACUAUAAUGUAUUUAAUGAAAGUCGCCUCUCUGAGAUACCAAACAGAAGGGCUUUUUAAAUAAAUAUUUUAAUUCUAAUGGAUUUGAUUUUUAUUGCUAUAGCUGGCUCAUUUUUAGAGGCAGCACUCAAAGUGAAGGGCAAAAUGGAGAGUGGAAGGCCUGUCAGAUAUAAUUUUGUCACUGCAGCCCAUUCUUCAGUACGGCGUCCCCAGUGGAAGCGCAUCCAUGACAGGCUGAGUACAGUGAUAUGUGUUUCGUGUCUGGUGAACCUGCUCUUAGACCGAGUCUGCAGAGGCUUUUACUGUCCAGCCUCGCUGCCUGUGUCUAAGUGUCAGUGCUCUGGGGAGACCAGACAAUCUGUCUGUGAAUUAAAGUGCUGAGUAACUGAGGGAAAUUAUUGCCUCUCAACACCAAACAGCGACACGUGGCGUCAAAUCUUACAUUUUCCCCUUCACAAAUGUGGCAGAGGUCUUUUUUCACGAGUCAGCGCUUGUUGCCAUUUCAAAUUGUCCCUUGGUGUUUGAAUAUCAUUGGGUCAGCCAUUUUCUACAGUUUGCCACUCUUAUUCUUGGUGAUAUUUUGAUAUGUUUUUAGUUCUUGUGAUUUAUAUCUGUUCUUUUUUUCCCCUGAAAUAAAAAGUACAGGUGCUGGUCAUAUAAAUAGAAUAUCAUCAAAAAGUUGAUUUUAUUUCACUAAUUCCAUUCAAAAAGUGAAACUUGUAUAUUAUAUUCAUUCAUUACACACAGACUGAUAUAUUUCAAACGUAGAGCUUACAGCUCAUGAAAGUCAAAAAUCAGUAUCUCAAAAUAUUAUAAUAUUUACAUUUGAGUUUGAAUAAAUGACCAUCCCUACAGUAUAAAUUCUGGGUAUCUCUUGUUCUUUGAAACCACAAUAAUGGGGAAGACUGCUGACUUGGCAAUGAUCCCGAAGACAAACAUUAGCCCCUUUCACAUAGUAAUACCAGUAAAUUGCCGUAAAAUUACCAGAACGACUUUACCGGUAAAUUCAAAACUGCGCUGUUCACACAGGCAACAGCAUUCCGUCUUUUUUCCGGUAAAGCACCAUUCACACAUCGGUUUUAAAUUACCGGUAAAUUCUGUGACAUCAUAAAACGGAAAUGACCUCUAAACGGCUGCGCCUCACGGUGUUGUGUUUGUAAACAUGGAGGGGUAAACGCGAUCAGUGUUUUUGUUGAUGUUUUCAUUUGUGUGCCAAAUGUUCACGUUCAUGCUGCUUCUUUUGGCCCAAAGAUAUCGCACGACUUCAAACACAGCGCAGAGUAAAUGCGUCAUCUGCAUCAGAAUGUUAUGAUUGGCCCAGAGCCGUUGAAUUUUGAAUUCUUACGUCACCGCGUUCUGAACUCGUACGUGCUCAUACCGGUAAUUUUCCUUCUGCGUUCACACACAGCAGAAUUCCGGCAAUUAACUGGUAAUGUUACAACUUCUCAUACCGGUAAAUUGCCGGAACGAAUUUACUGGUAUUUUUGAAAAGGUCCUGUUCACACAUGAUCUCUUUACGGCAAUUUACCGGUAAUUUUCCGGAAAAGUCUGUAUGUGUGAAAGGGGUUAUUGACACCCUCCACAAAGAGGGUAAGUCACAGAAGGUCAUUACUGAAAGGUGUGGCUGUUUACAGAGUGCUGUAUCAAAGCAUAUUAAAUGCAAAGUUGACUGGAAGGAAGAAUUUGGGUAGGAAAAGGUGCACAAGCAACAGGGAUGACCGCAAGCUUGAGAAUACUGUCAAGCAAAGCCGAUUCAAACACUUGUGAGAGCUUCACAAGGAGUGAACUGAAGCUGGAGUCAGUGCAUCAAGAGUCACCACGCUCAGACGUCUUCAGGAAAAGGGCUACCAAGCCACUUCUGAACCAGAGACAACGUCAGAAGCAUCUUACCUGGGCUGUGGAGAAAAAUCACUGGACUGUUGCUCAGUGGUCCAAAGUCCUCUUUUCAGAUGAAAGUAAAUUUUACAUUUCAUUUGGAAAUCAAGGUCCUAGAGCCUGGAGGAAGAGUGGAGAGGCACAGAAAUCCAUGUUGCUUGAAGUCCAGUGUGAAGUUUCCACAGUCUGUGAUGAUUUGGGCUGCCAUGUCAUCUGCUGGUGUUGGUCCACUGUGUUUUCUGAAGUCCACAGUCAACGCAGCCAUCUACCAGGAAAUUUUAGAGCACUUCAUGCUUCCUUCUGUUGACAAGCUUUAUGGAGAUGCUGAUUUCAUUUUCCAGCAGGACUUGGCACCUGCCCACACUGCCAAAGGUACCAAAAGCUGGUUCAAUGACCAUAGUGUUACUGUGCUUGAUUGGCCAGCAAACUCACCUGACCUGAACCCCAUAGAGAAUCUAUGGGGUAUUGUCAAGAGUAAGAUGAGAGACACCAGACCCAACAAUGCAGAUGAGCUGAAGGCCACUAUCAGAGCAACCUGGGCUCUCAUAACACCUGAGCAGUGCCACAGACUGAUCGACUCCAUGCCACGCCGCAUUGCUGCAGUAAUUCAGGCAAAAGGAGCCCCAACUAAGUAUUGAGUGCUGUACAUGCUCAUACUUUUCAUUUUCAUACUUUUCAGUUGGCCAAGAUUUCUAAAAAUCCUUUCUUUGUAUUGGUCUUAAGUAAUAUUCUAAUAUUUUGAGAUACUGAUUUUUGACUUUCAUGAGCUGUAAGCUCUAAUCAUCAAAAUUAAAAGAAAUAAACAUUUGAAAUAUAUCAGUCUGUGUGUAAUGAAUGAAUAUAAUAUACAAGUUUCACUUUUUGAAUGGAAUUAGUGAAAUAAAUCAACUUUUUGAUGAUAUUCUAAUUAUAUGACCAGCACCUGUACUGUAUGGGAAUACACUACCAUUCAAAGUUUGGGAUCAGUAAGAGUUUUUAAUGUCUUUAAAGACGUCUGUUAUGCUCACCAUGGCUUCAUUUAACUGUAAUUACAGUAAAACAGUAAUCUUGUGAAAUAUUAUACAAUUUUAAAACAGUUUUCUGUUUUAAUAUAUUUUAAACAGUAAUUUCUUACUGUUAUGUUAAUACAAAAUUUUCAGCAGUCAUUACUCCAGUUUUUAGUCACAUGAUCCUUUAGAAAUCAUUCUAAUAUGCCAAUUUGGUGCAGAAACAAGAAACAUUUCCUAUUAAUGUUGAAAACAGCUAUGCUAUUUAUUAUUUUUCUGGAAACUUGAUACAUUUUUACAGGAUAUAAGACAUUUAUUUGAAAUAAAAAAUCUUAAAUGUGUUUACUGACCCCAAACUUUUGAAUGUUAGUUUUUCAAAAUUUGCAACCGAUUUUACUGCCAUAAUGCGACUCGUUUCUCAUUUCUGUGACUCAUUUCUAGUUGGAGAAAAUGUGCAUUAUAAAUCUGAAUGUAGCCAAAUCAAAAGUGGGCACACUAAAAUAAUGAUAGUCUAAAAAAUAAAUAGUCUAUUUUGUUUAAAAUCAAGACUUUUUUUUCUUUGAAAAAGAUGCUCUUAUUAUGUUUGAUUUGUGCAAGACUUCAAGUUCACAAAAUCAUCUAGCAUAGCUUCUGAAUCUGUUAUAAUAGAAGAGAUGAGAAUGUUGUUCAGCAUUCAUCAACAUGUUAUUUCUGUUUAUUUCAACAUGUAUCACUGGGUUUGAAGAUUCAAGCUUGCCGCAUCUGCCCUCAGUUGGUGACCGCAAAGCCAAACCCGACUGAAUUACAUGGAGCUCACUGGGAGAAACAACUCCUGUGCCACCUUUUCUAGCACAUUUCAUAACCAGCAUGUUGUCUGUAGUUUUGUUAACUGUGAAUUUGGGUUGUGACAGACAAGGUAUCUUUAGCCGUGACUCCAGUGUAAAUGCAUUUGUUCAGAAAUUUGCACUAAAUAAAUUUCAAAUAAAUUGUAAAAACUG